AUGCUGGAAACUGUAGAUAGCUCAGGAGUCGAAAAUGGCGGAUUUCAGCAGAUUCAGAGCUUUUGCGGCGAGAGCAGUAGCGAAGAGGAGUUAUCGGUUUUGCCACGUCAUACCAAAGUGGUGGUCACCGGAAACAACCGUACUAAAUCGGUGCUUGUUGGUCUUCAAGGUGUUGUCAAAAAAGCUGUCGGUCUCGGUGGUUGGCAUUGGCUGGUAUUGACAAAUGGCAUAGAAGUAAAGUUGCAGAGGAAUGCGCUUAGUGUCCUUGAAGCUCCUACUGGAAACGAAGACGACGAUGAUCUUGAUUUCGAAAACACACAGAGAAAUGGCUCUGAUAUGACAUCUGAGGACACACUGAAGCCUCAUAGAUCGAAGCCAAGAGCGCAGAGAUCUCGCAAGACGAUAAGCAGGUCUAUAUCAUCUGAUUCACAAUCAAAAAGCUCUGGUUUUACUCCCCCUCAAAACAUGAAGGUUGAUCUUAGCAAACUGGAAAUGCCUGCUUUACUUAAAUAUUGGCGACAUUUCAACCUUGUGGAUGCAAUUCCUAAUCCAACAAGGGAGCAACUAAUUGACAUUGUUCAGAGGCACUUCAUGUCUCAGCAAAUGGAUGAGCUUCAAGUUAUUAUGGGGUUUGUGCAAGCUGCAAAGAGAAUGAAGAAGGCCUGCAAGCUGCAAUCAAAAGAAGCAAGAAACACUGAUCUUAACUGCAUCAGCUAA